AUGCGCUUCCUGCUCCUCUUCAGUCGCCAGGGCAAGUUGCGCUUGCAGAAAUGGUACACGCCCAUAUCUGAUCGAGAGAAGAAGAAGAUCAUCAGGGACAUGACCACAGCCGUGUUGGCACGGCAACCGCGUACCUGUAACUUCCUGCACUGGAAAGACCUGAAGAUUAUUUACAAAAGAUAUGCAAGUUUGUAUUUCUGCUUGGCAAUUGAGAGUCAGGAGAAUGAGCUGCUUGCUUUGGAAAUUAUUCAUCGCUACGUGGAGCUGCUGGACAGAUACUUUGGAAAUGUGUGUGAGCUCGACAUAAUCUUCAAUUUUGAGAAGGCCUAUUUUAUCUUGGAUGAGUUUCUGAUGGGAGGGGAAAUCCAAGAAACCUCCAAACAGAUUGUGAACCGCUGCAUUGAAGCCUCAGACAUGUUACAGGAGGAUGGCAGCAAUGAUUGGUAUGAGGUGGAGCUGUUUGGACCUUGA